CCUUCUACAUAUAUUCACAAUUUGUAGGUAGUACAAGAACUGAAAAAUAAUUUUUGGUUGCCAGUAUACCUGUAGUCGUUGCACUGAUCAGUCGAUAGUUUUGUGAUAAAUUAUUUCUCAAGUGAAUUAAAUUAUUAACCAUGGGACGUGAUUCUAGAAAGGUUUCAAGAGAACUUCGGAGUUCUGAAAAAAUUAAUAAGUCGCGUUCAGUCAAAAGAAAGAAUGUUUUUAAUCCGAAAACAGCCGAACGUGAUGAAAGUAUUCAGAGUACAUCUUCUAAAAAAUUAAAACAAAACACUGAAGAUGAUGUACCUGAAGACAGCAGUACUGAAUUUCGAAUAAUAAAUUUUAUUCAGGUAUUCACUGCAAUUUCUGCUCUUAUAAAAUGUAAAAAAUGUGAUGGAAAUGUAGUGUUUCAAACAGCAAGUACACGUGGGCUGGGAUUCAAAAUUGUAGUUGCAUGUAAUAACUGUGGAAAUGAAUAUAUUCCUUCCUGUUCUUUCGUUGGGCAUUCUUAUGAAAUAAACAGACGUUUCAUUUUUGUAAUGAGAAUACUAGGAAUAGGAUACGAAGGAUUGUGCAAGUUUUGCGGCCUGAUGGACAUGCCGUCUUUUUUAGAUAAAUCUACGCAUACAAUUUUACUGAAACAGAUUUUGAAUUGUAGUAAAGCCGUCGCAGAAACCUUCAUGACGAAAGCUGUGAAUGAAGAAAAGCAAGCAAUGCCAACAACUGAAAAUGAAGAUAUAAAUCAUCUAACUGUAUCGGGAGAUGGAACCUGGCAAAAACGGGGAUAUACAUCGUCAUUUGGAGUUUCUUCUAUAAUUGGCUAUUUUACUGGAAAGAUUCUUGACAUAAACAUUAAAAGUGCAUAUUGUAAGCUAUGUGAGUAUUGGAAAAAAAAAACAAAUACUGUUGAGUUCGAGGAAUGGUAUCAAUCGCAUGAAGAUGUGUGUUCUGCUAAUCAUCAAGGGUCUUCUGGGAAAAUGGAGGUGGAUGCGAUGGUCGAAAUGUUUUCGUAUUCUGAAACUAAAUAUGGAGUUAAGUAUGCCAACUAUAUUGGUGAUGGUGACUCCAAGACCUAUUCAGGAAUUAUAAAAUCAGAUCCUUACGAAAAUACAACUGUAAAUAAAAAGGAAUGUAUAGGGCAUGUCCAAAAGCGGAUGGGGAGUCGAUUACGUACGCUGAAGAGUAAACAAAAAGGUCUUGGUGGUCGAGGUAAGCUCACAGGAAAAUUAAUAGACAAACUAACUGUGUACUAUGGUUUAGCAAUACGCCGGCAUUGUGAUUCUAUUGAAAAUAUGAAAUCUGCUAUAAUGGCAACCUUUUAUCACUACGGCUCGAGUGAUGAAAAACCGAAUCAUGAUAUGUGUCCAAAAGGCGAAGAAUCUUGGUGCUCUUACCAGCGCGCUGAAGCAAGAGGAGAGCUUGAUACCUUUUCUCACGAUUAUUCUCCUUUACCUUCUGAUGUUUUAAAAGCUAUCAAGCCUAUAUACGAAGAUCUUAGUAAUGAAAAUUUACUUUCAAGAUGUGUAGGUGGAUUCAAUCAGAAUAAUAAUGAAAGCUUUAACCAACUAGUAUGGAAAAUAUGCCCAAAAACGUCUUGAUGAAUACACUAGGACUUAAUUGUGGGCCUAAUUCUCAUCGGUAUGCAGAAAGAAUGGAUGCUGCACGUAUCAAAGUAGCAGAUAAGCGCGCUAAUGAUAACACCCGAGAAGGUCGAUUGCAACGUAGGCACCAGCAAAUCGAUAUUUUGGAAGCUGCUAUGUCGGCUGAAGAGCUAUUAUAUGGUCCAGGAAUAGAUGACUCAGUAUGAAUCUCCAAGGACUUAUGAUGAUCACCGCAAAGGACUUCGGGAGGAACGGGCUCUACAAAAACAGCGAUAACUUUUUGAAUUAUUAAUUUUUUUUUUUGAAAUUUUCGUGAAGUCAAAUCGAAACGUGUUCUAAUAAAGCUAUGUUUUUAUUUUUGUCAAAUAAAGUAAUUAACUACAAAAAAAAAAUUAUUGAAAAUCAUCAUUUUUUCAUACC